UUCUACUUCAUGGCCUUGAUGGGCAACAGCCUGAUUUUCCUCCUGACCCUGCUCAAUCCUACCCUUCAUACCCCAAUGUACUUCUUCCUCUGGAACUUGUCCUUUUUGGAAAUUGGCUACAACACGACCAUCAGCCCAAAAACGCUAAUGAAUUUAUUAUCAAAGAAGCAGACGAUAUCCUUUUGGGGCUGUGGAUGUCAAAUGUGUUUCUUUCUUCUCUUUGGUAUCACCGAGUGUUGUCUUCUUUGUGUCAUGGCAUAUGACCGCUAUGUUGCCAUUUGCAAACCCUUGCAAUAUCCAUAUAUCAUGAACUACAGAGAAUGUGCUAAGCUUGCUGCUGCUUCGUGGGCCAUUGGUGUUUCCAUAGGUUUGGGGCAAUCUAUUUCAAUCUUCACCCUUCCCUUCUGUGGGUCAAAUAGAAUCAGCCAUUUCUUCUGUGAUAUUAAGCAUAUUCUGAGACUGGCCUCCACUAAUACUUACAAAGAUGAAGCGGCAAUUCCCACACUAACAGUAGUAGUUAUACUGGUACCCCUUUUGCUCAUCCUUUUUUCCUACAUCCUCAUCAUCUCCACUAUUCUCACAAUGCCAAUGGCCAAGAACAGGUGCAAAGCAUUUUCCACUUGUUCCUCACACCUCACUGUUGUCUUCAUUUUCUAUGGAACUACAAUUUUUACCUACAUUCGUCCCAACUCAGCACAUUCCAUGGACAGCUUCGACCUGGAUGAUACCAUGAAAAAUGACAACCGGUCCUGUCUGACCAAAUUUUUCCUGUUAGGCUUCUCAGAUUUCAAGACUAUGCAAGAACUUCUGUUUUCUCUGGUUCUGAAAUUCUACCACAUGGCCUUGAUGGGCAACAGCCUGGUUUUGAUCCUCAUCAUUGCCAGUCCCUGCCUUCAUACCCCUAUGUACUUCUUUGUCUCAAACCUGUCCUUUUUGGAAAUCAGCUACACUUCCUCCAUCAGUCCUAAGUUGCUAGUGAAUUUGUGA